AAGCGGUUUGAAAUCAUCAGUUCACUUCAGCAGCUUCACAGUUCAAGUUAUUACAAGAACCCAACACAACUCAAAAUGAAAUUCUUCGUUUGCAUUGCUCUCUUCGCCGCCGUCUUCAGCGUUGCAUUGGCCGGUCCCACCAGCAACAGCGGUGCCGCCGCCGAGCAGGAGGCCAAAGCCGAACAAAACUUACAAGCCGUGAACCUACAGUCGGCCUACGAUUUGACACGUUUCCGUAAAUCCGCUUAUGGUGGUGGCGCCGGUGCCGCACCUAGCAUUCCAGCACCACCCUGCCCCAAGAACUACCUCUUCAGCUGUCAACCCAACUUGGCGCCAGUCGCUUGUGCCGCCCCAGCACCCGCACCAGCCGCAUACGGCUCAGCCGGUGCCUACUCAGCACCCAUCCCAACCUAUGUGUACUAAAGCGUGAACUACGGAGGAUGAAGACAAAGGACAAAGGAACAAUCUAGCGGUCUAAUGAUGUGUGGCAAAAGUAAUAGCUGCGCAAGCAGUUAAUUAUUUUAGUGAAAAUAAUAAAAAAAAAAAUAUUUAAAGCAUUGAAAAA